CGCUCCCGCGUCUGUGAUUCGGCUGAAGAAAGGACAAAGUGUCCAAACACACUGAAAAACUCCUGCAGAAGCAGCUGAGAUCCACGUGACUCACUAUUAUAAAGAUGGCGUUUAAUAAAGAGGAGAGUGAAAACAUGAAGAUUGAAGAAACAUUCAGAGUCAAACAUGAAGAUACUGAGGAACAAACAGACUUAACGGUGCUGAAAGAGGAGAGGGAAGGACUGAAUGAAACUGAAGAGGAAGAUCAGUAUGAGAAUCUUCAUGAUUUCAUAACUGGAGAAAAAUCUUUUUGUUCCUUACAGUCUGAAAAGACUUCCACACGAAAAAAAGAUCAAAAGACAGGAACUAAGAGUUAUUUCACUUGCCUUCAGUGUGGAAAGAGUUUCAGUCAACAAGGAAAGCUUAAAUUCCACAUGAAAAUUCACACUGGAGAGAAGCCUUUCAUCUGCCAACAGUGUGGAAAGAGUUUCACUCAAAAAAGACACCUUAAAAGCCACAUGAGAACGCACACUGGAGAGAAGCCUUUCGUCUGCCAACAGUGUGGAAAGAGUUUCACUCAAAAAAGACACCUUAAAAGCCACAUGAGAACGCACACUGGAGAGAAGCCUUUCGUCUGCCAACAGUGUGGAAAGAGUUUCACUCAAAAAAGACACCUUAAAAGCCACAUGAGAAUGCACACUGGAGAGAAGCCUUUCGUCUGCCAACAGUGUGGAAAGGUUUUCAGUCAACCUGUAAACCUUAAAAACCACAUGAGAAUUCACACUGGAGAGAAGCCUUUCAUCUGCCAACAGUGUGGAAAGAGUUUCACUCAAAAAGGAAACCUUAAAAGCCACAUGAGAACUCACACUGGAGAGAAGUCUUUCACAUGCUGUCAGUGUGGAAAGAUUUUCAGUCAUCCUGGAAACCUUAAAAACCACAUGAAAGUUCACACUGGAGAGAAGCCUUUCAUCUGCAAACAGUGUGGAAAAAGUUUCAUUAAUCCUGGAAACCUUAGAGUCCACAUGAGAGUUCACCCUGGAGAGAAACCUUUCAUCUGCAAACAGUGUGGAAGAAGUUUCAGUGGAAAAUUAAAACUUAAAUACCACAUGAAAGAUCACACUGGAAACAAACCCUUCACCUGCCAUCUGUGUGGGAAAAGUUUCGAGCAAAAAAAAACCCUUUAUGCCCACAAGCAAAUUCACACUUUGAAGAGCCUUUUUACCUGUCAACAGUGUGGAAAGAGUUUCACUCAUAAAAAAAGCCUUGACAUGCACAUGAAAAUUCACACUGGAGAGAAGCCUUACACAUGCCCUCAGUGUGGAAAGAGUUUCACUAAUAAAGGAAGCCUUGACAUGCACAUGAAAAUUCACACUGGAGAGAAGCCUUUCACCUGCCAACCGUGUGGAAUGAGUUUCACUAAUAAAGAAAGCCUUAACAAGCACAUGAGGAUUCACACUGGAGAGAAGCCUUUCACAUGCAAACAGUGUGGAAAGAGUUUCAGUCAAAAAGGAAACCUUAAAAGCCACAUGAUAACUCACACUGGAGAGAAGCCUUUCAAAUGCAAACAGUGUGGAAAUAGUUUCAGUCAAAAUAAAAACCUUAAUAGCCACAUGAAAGUUCACAAUAACGAGAAGCCUAACAGAUCCCCUCAGUGUGGAAAGAGUUUGAAUCAAAGUGGAGAAAACACUACAGGGAGCCGUUUUUCCUGCCAACAGUGUGGAAAGGGUUUCGCUCAAAAAGGAAGCCUUAAUACGCACAUACGAGUUCACACUGGAGAAAAGCCUUACACAUGCAAACAGUGUGGAAAGAGUUUCAAUCAACGAGGGAACCUUGACAGGCACAUGAAAAUUCACAAUAGAGAGAAGCCUAACAGAUCCCCUCAGUGAAAUAAAGGAUACCUAAACAGGCACAUGAGAGUUAACACUGGAGAAAAGCCUUCCACAUGUCAUCAGUGUGGAAUGAGUUUUACAGACAAGAUAAACCUAGGGGUCAUGCAGGGACAUCGGAGAGAAGCCUGUUAUGUGCCAGCACUGUGGAAAGACAUCCAGAAACAAAGCAAAUCUUGAGUUUCUCACAAGCUUGAUGAUGCAUACCAUCUUCCGCAGAGCUGCUUUACAGCUGAAUCCCAUCUUGAAACAUCGACAUGUUACCCAACUGAAUUCAAUCAACACUGAACCGAUUCUAAUUGAAUAACUACACUGCUGUUUACAGCUGAAUUUAUGUCAUUUCAAACUGAUGAACUUCACAGUGAUUGAUCUGAACUGACUUGAGCACCAACUAUGAGGAUCUAUGGAUCCUUCCCCUGAAAAUGCAACUAGCAUCUCAAAAAGGCAGAACAGGCCUCUGGUUUCAUGGCAACCAAUGACAAAUCAUCCGAUAACACUGGUUUAUUGCUCAAAGGAAUGCGGGCAGAGCAACUCUCACUACAUUUCCCCAUAGAAAAGGACUCUUCUCUAAUUAAUUCAUAGACAAACCUUUCUGAGAAUGCACACCCAUAUCCUCAGGUCGUUAUGUGUAUUAUUACUGUUCUUGUAUAUUGUCUAUUGUAUUGUAUACCGUUUUAUGCAUGCAUUAUGAUAGAAUUUGUAGUUAAUGUAACUUCACCUGUACCAUGUUUGGUAUCUGAAUUCAUAUGUUGAUGAUAUAAAUUAGUGUAUAUGUUGUAAUGGAGUUCUUCAAUACUGUUAAUUCUUUAAUACAUUUUCAGUAAGCAAAUUAUGAGAAUAAAAGGGUGUUGGUGUGUGACAGGAGGGCCUUCAUCACCAAUGCAACAUAUUGGUGUUAUAAGAAUCUUUCACUGAUUCUUGAGACAUGCGACACAAUAUGUCCAGCAGUUGUAACUGUUGUUAGGUUUUAAAAUGAAAAUAUUUUCAAUUGUAAAUGU